AUGGCGGAGGCUCUUAUAGACAAUCAAACCUUCAAAUGUCUGAUAUGUCUCCAGGAAUGUAACAUACCCCGACAGCUACCAUGUUUUCACACGUUUUGCACGGGUUGUUUAAACACCUAUAUUAAUUCCGAAUACGUCACAGAAGAUAACAGGACGUACUUCCCCUGUCCGGUAUGCGAAAGUCCGUGUUACCCUCACAACAAGGAUGCUCCCGUUAGUUCUUGGGCCGGUUCGUUUCCUCGGAACCAGCUGUUCGCUUCAUCAACGUAUAACGAGACAGAAUCAGGUCAGACAUUCUGCCACGGAUGUCUAACUGACGACGAAGAGAACGUUGCUUCCUUCUGGUGUAAAGCAUGCUCGGAAGCCUUGUGUCAGCCAUGUCGCAUUGCACACCGACGAAGCAAAUUACUUUCAACACACAAAGUCAUUGCCAUAGCCGAGGUUUCUAAGACAGAUAUACGCAUGCCUGUAUCCAUUGACAACACGUGUCCUCGUCAUACGGGGAAGAAGAUCGAAGUAUACUGCCACGACCACAACGCCUUAUGCUGUGUUCUGUGCGUGACACUGUCACAUAGAAGGUGUACGAAUGUCAACAGCCUUGAAGAUAAUACAAAGAUGUUCUCACUUGAUGUCAUCGAAUGUGAGUUAGGCAAGAUGAAGGACGAGUCAAAAACAAUUGUUGAAGAGGACGAAAACAAAUUGACCACUCUCGAAGACGAUUACCAGAAAAUGACCAGAAAUGUGGCCAUGAUGAUCAAGAGAGCGAUAGGUAAGCUGGAUGAUCUCCUACCAACGUUUUCAAACCGGUUUAGAUGUAACAUACCGACGUCAUCGAGAACGUCUACAUGA